AUGGACGUUGAUCACGAAGUUAAGGAAUUAGUCAAAUUUAUUAAAAAACUUGGAACCAAGGGUGCUGAUGGAAAGUACUCUGUCAAAUAUGGUGUUUUAUUCAAUGAUGAUGAUGUUGCAAACUUUUUCGAAGCAUUAGUUGGUACACUCAAAGCUGCUAAAAAGAGAGGUAUCAUCACUUUCCAAGGUGAAAUCUUACUCCAACGUGUUCACGACAAUGUUGAUGUCAUUUUACUUAAAGACGAAUAA